AUGACUUUAAGUCCCAAUAAAAGUGCAGUCCUUUAUAUAGGGGACAUGUCUGAUAAGAGCUUAGACGAGGCCAGAUUCAAUCUCGCUACGCAUAUUAUGUCGAAUGGAGUGGAACUGAUAAUUGCUAGCGACAGGGUAAAGCAUAGUGAUAAGGUGAGCAGCAUACCGUCUUCAUCGUCGCAACUUCUUCAAACUCAAACUCAAGAAACCAAGAAGAAGAAACCAGUGACCUUUGCACCAAGCACACUCAUUAACCAUAUGAUAUUAGCUUUGCCCACUGCCAAGCAGGACAAGUUCACAAUUCCCAUUAUUGACAACCAGUUUAUAACGAAGACUUGUCUUACAACCUACACAUAUCAUACGACAUACCUUUUCAACGGAAGCACCACUGUUGAAAGUGCCGAAAAGGUCGUCUCUAAUCGUCACACUGAGGAACGCAACUAUUUACGAGCGAGCACUCAUUUACCGAUGGGUUUAACUCUUUUAAAUACACCCGAGCUGGUUGUUGGCAUAUUUCCAACUACGUAUCACUACUUUAACAAGAUGAGGAACAACGAUCUUGUGCUCACAUCUAGCUAUACAAUAAUCAACACAGUAACUGGGCCUGAGGACUACAUAUCUUUCCUGCAGCCUUCAGAGGAAGCCACCCCCUUACAGGAAACAAACACAUACUAUAGUCGGCUUUCUCUAACGAAAUCCAUUCAAGAUGCUUUCGAAUCAACGAAAAUCUUAACCGAUGAGAGCAUUCUGACCCAAGUGGUCAUAGAAAGUGUGGUAACAGAUAUUGUGCCUAGUUCGGUAUUGAGUUCGGAACUUGUGUCCAUAUUCCGACAUGAGCUAAUGCAAAAGAACGUUAAGAAUAACCGAAAGGUUCUGAUAACAUUGGCUACAUUGUUGAACGGUCAAACCUUGAACGUAACUGCAGUCAGUAUACCAAAAGGAUCACUUGCACCCACAACAUCUUCUUUAAAACUAAAUCAAAAUGCAAUGGAUCCUUCAAUUACCAUUAGGCCCAGCUCAGUCGAAAAUGACCUGUCAGAUACCGAAACAGAUUCCGAAACAGAAGCAGAAACAGAAUCAGAAGAUGGAUUAAAUUUGGCAGAGUCUGAGAUCAAGGAUGUUUAUAUACGGCCUUUGAAAAAUAUACCGCCACCGUCACCUUCACCGUCACAUUCACCGUCAUCAAAUGUUGAACAACUUAUUGGAUCUUUAAAUCUACAACGAUUUCGGCCAGUAUUCAACGUAAUGGCUGACUUACUGCAAAAGAAUCUGGUGAGCAGACAGCCACCAGAGCCUGUCUAUCAGCAUUCCUUAUUAAAUAAGGGUAUUCCCAUACGACCCGGCGAGAUUAUCAAUGCCAAUGCCAACGAUAUUAUUAUUGGGAAGCCAAAUGGCAUUGGAGCACAGUUUUCGUUAUCCCGUCUCGAGUAUCACAAUAAAUCGGCUCAGAAUCAAAAUCAGAAUCUUGUUUAUUUGCAACCAUCACCAUUAAAAAAGAAAUCCUGGACUCCCUCGAUGAUUCCGCUUUCCCUUAUACCGCCACAAGUUAUCCCUCUAGCUGAAGGAUCUCUGGCUGCUUACGAUCAGGAUGGAUUCAAUCGAGUGUUCCCCGAUGAUGAUUAUAAAACCAUAACAAUACUAAGACCACCCUCACAAGUUUUGAACUCAUAUUCCAAGCAUAUGAGUUCAUCAGUAGCCUCUGAAUAUCUACAUCAAUCCGCUCCAGGAGUCGCGGCUUCUAUAACUUACCAACUUAGAUCACCAAUGUCGUACAAUAAACAGAACUAUAACUUUAAUAGCCACAUAUACGGCUCUGAACAACAAAUUGCCAAUCUUAACUCGGAACUGAAAAAUAAUGAAAUUCUGGAAAUCAAGCAAAUACCGCAGAUAUUCAUCAAUUUCAAAUUGGAUGUGCUCAGUCACAACGUUAACAUGAAUGUACCGCCUCUGACCUUUAAGAGAGAUAAUGAGAAUUUUCCAGUUGCCACUGCCGUUCAAGGACAAAUUCCUGUACCACCAAUGCCCUUGGUUAAGAUACCACUUAAUAAAGCUCAUGUCGAAGUACGGCUAUCACCUCAAAGUACACAAUUGGCUGUUGAGCCGCCUUAUGAUGACGAACACUACAAGUCAAGCUCCCCUCAGUCAAUCCAUUCCGAUGUCUGCAAUCCAUCUUGUAAGUCGUCCAAAAACGAAAUAUGCGUGCAUAUAUCAGGAUUUGGUAGUCGCUGUGAAUGCCGUCUGGGUUUUGCACGGAUUUUUCCGGAUCGACCAUGCAAGCCUACCUACACGUACGAGAUGAGCGUUCCAGCCAGCAGAGUUGGUAGUUAUUUACUCAAAUUUAAUCAUGAGUUCCUAAAUAACUCCUCAAGUCAAUAUCGACAUCUAAGCUCAAUAAUACUUGACGCUAUCGAUCGCAUGGUAAUGCAAUCCGAUUUUCGCGAUGAAUACUAUGGUGUCCAAUUGAAAGAGUUCACAUCUGCUAAUAAUGGGGCUGUGAUUGGCAAAUUUUUAUUGCAGUUGUCAGAAAACAGUGACGAAAAUCGUUUAGAAAACGUGUUUAAGAAAUACCUUAGACAGAGUAACUACAGCAUAGGUGGAACGGAACUGUAUACAUCAAAAGAGCAUAUCAAUUCUCUGACAAUUCAAGAUUUCAACGAGUGCGGCAAUAGAACCUUCAAUGAUUGUGCAAUGCAUGCGCAAUGCUUUAACUUGGUGGGCAGCUAUACUUGCAUCUGUCCAGAUGGCUAUGCAGACCUAUCGGACAAUCCGAUUUAUCCUGGUCGUCAUUGUUCCGACAAGCUUAUUGGCUGUGAUAAGUGCAAUUAUCAUGGCAAUUGUAUCACGCAAUCCUUAAAUGGAACUGCAGUGUGCGAAUGCUUUGCCUGGUAUACCGGAAUAACAUGCCAACUAAAUUUAAAAAUCCUAUUAAUCUGUAUCAUUGUAAUUGUGACGGUGUUUGUUGUACUCCUCGUUUGCAUGCUGCUCAUUUAUUCAAGACGAAAAGUUCACGGUGACUCCUUGACAAGCCCCAUAUUUAUAACAGCAUCCAAUUACCAUCAUCCGAGCCUAUUGACAGCUUCUCGAAAAAUGUCCCCAGCCGACUUCUUUCAAGAGCGUAGCAUCGAUAAGCAUGCUAUAUUGAAUGAUUCGAAUAGUGACUCAAGUCACAUUUCGGAGCCAUAUUCAUAUAAGAAGUCCAUUGAUGUGGCUAAUACGAGUAAAGGCCAAGCUAUCAAAAGUAACAUCAAGUCUGGCAAGACUCUGAAUAAAUUUAGGGAGAAGGUCAACAGUAAUCAUUAUGAAAGCAAAGGCCCUAAUGAACCUAUUAAUCGAUCGACUUUCAGCAACAUAGAUAUGACUCAAGCGGAGCAAUCGGAUCGAUCUCUUACAGUAAUGAUUCCGCGAGCAAGGUACUUCCAUCCGACCGUCUUACCUAAAGCCCAAAUGACAAUGGAUGAAAUCGACAAGUCCAGGCCAAAAAGUCGAAGCCAGUCGCAACAAAAUGUAACUUACAAUGAUAAUAAUGCGAGUACUCGUAAUGUUGGGACUAUCAUAAGCGACUCCUCAGAAAUGCCUCAAAAAAGUGGAGCCUUGGUGUCAGCUGGCUUUGAGGUAUCUGCAAUUGUAAGCGAUCGAGUAGCUGAUCUGAAAGGAAAUGAAAAUGAAAAUAAGCCUAUAACACUUUCACCGAAAGCACAACAAAUAUCCAGAUCAAACUUGGAAGCCAUAUUACGCUCAGGCGAGGAGAUUCAAAGAAUGAGCUCUUGGAUGAGUAAUAUUCAGACGAAUGCAAUAUCAGCGGAUGUGCGAUCCUUCGAUGAAACUACCGUUCAGGCUGUAACCAAAUCGAUGCAUCUUUGUUUUGAUAUGCAAACUCAGAGUACUAUAAAUGAGGAACCAAACACAAUGACUGAACGUGAUAUAGGUUCAACCUUUUUAUUGCCACAUACACACCUUUACAUGCCAGAAAAGCUUGAGAGUGAACUAUCUGGCUUUGACUCGAUCUAAUUUCGGCUAGACUCUAUGGGUUGAUAACACUAGGCAACAAAUUUGAACUUUUUG